AUGAGGACUCGAUACCCCUCGAAGAAGUCGUUCAUGCCGGACCAAGACGAGGCCCGUAAGGUCAAGAGAUUGAUCAAGCUCAUAAGGGCGGGAAUUAUCAAGUCUAAGGAGGAGAAGCCUGCGAAGGAGGAUCAUAACCAUCUCCAGAGUAACCGCCAGUGA